UUUUGUAAAUCUUUCUUUUCAAAACAAUUUAUGAAGGAAUGAAAAUUAUCAUUUAUUGAACGCCAUUUGUGUGUUGAGAUCCAAUGAAGCAUGGACUAUUUAAACAAGCAUAUCCAACAAUGUUGAACGAUCUUUUGAGGUCGAUGUAUUUGGAAAUAACCAUUUACGCAGUGUGUAAAAAUAUUUCCAUAUCAUUAAAAAAAAAAUUGUUUUUGUGAGGAAUAUACUGAACAGGAGAGAUACAGAAAGGUGUAAUUAUUCAAUAUGGGCCUGUCUUGUGGAGGAAAAUGUGUCAAAUUUUUCCUAGUUGUCAUCAACAUAAUAUUUAUGUUGCUCGGGCUUGGAAUCCUUAUUCCCGGAAUUUUGAUGUUGGCUGAUGUUGACGUCAUCAAUGACGAAGUACUCCCUUUACUGCAACAGCUGUCAUUCGGUGCGCUAAAUGUGGGGGACCUGGCCAAGGGUCUGUCUGUGACGUUGAUCGUUUUUGGCACCUUCGUCCUAAUUGUCUCCACACUGGGCUGUUGUGGCGCCUUCUGUCAACAGAGGUGCUGCCUGAUCAUCUAUGCCAUUCUGGUGUUGGUGUUCUUCCUGGCAAAGCUGGUGGUCGUCAUCUUGUGGUUUGUUAUGAACGACAAGAUCCAAAGUUGGAUGAAGACAGAACUUUUAAAACAACUUCAGACCAACUAUAAAAAUGACGACCUGAAUACGCAUGAAAUUUCAACUGCUUGGAACUAUAUGUUCAUGUCUCUCUCUUGCUGCGGCGUCAAUGCAGUAACCGGAACAACAAAUGACUUUGACAACUCUGUAUGGAUCAGUAGUGCCGGAAGUAAACAUAUCCCAAUAUUCUGUUGUACUGGAAUCACAGCCUCGAAUUACGCCUCACAAACUAACACUGCGUGCACAGACACUGUCACAUCAGGCUACCACACUAAAGGUUGUUAUGAUGCCACGUAUGAUUCCCUGAGCAGCUAUAGCACAGCGUUUAUUGUUGUCGGGGUCUGUACCCUGUUAGUCGAGAUUGUUGCGUUCAUUGGGGCCAUUAUAAUCAUUAAGAACGGCGGCGAGGACGGAAAGAGUUUAUCCGGAGCCGCCAAAAUGGUGUAGCAGGAAAAUUAAUGACUGUGUGUGCCUAACAAGCUUCAUUCCAUCCAAUACAGAAAAAUCGUAGUGCAUAUUUUGUCUCAGUAUCUUGAUCCAAACUUUGAUUCACCUUUAUUGGUUUUUCUCAUUUUGGCAAUUUUUUAAGCUAUAUCAUGUAUGUAUAACAUUUGUUUUAUAAAGUGCCAUAUAUUUAAAUCACACUAAAAUCACAAUUGCAUAUAUAUUUUUACAAUAACAAAAAUGUUGUUAUAAAAUUUGCUCCGAAGUUACGCAAGUUGUUUGCUAUAAUGACCACAAAAAAUGUUCUGUGUGACGUAGCACACACACACACACACACACUCUCUCUCUCUCUCUUAAACGUUAUAUCUUGACGCAAUUGUUAAAAUAAAUAGUUUAUUGAUUUGAAGCAAAUUUCAUUAACAAUGUCAUGUACAUAAUAUCAUUCGUGUUAUAAUCAAAAGAAUAAA